GAAGCAGCCAAGGGAAAAAUCCAAGAAAAAGAAAGAGGAUAGCUUAAGAUUAAUCUGACAAAGUUGGUGUUUUUAAAGUUGUUGCUUUGAGAAAAGGAAGAAGCAUGCCAAUGUGGUUUCUUAGCAAAAAGGGUCCUUCUGGUUUCUCAUCAAACUCAACAGCUGAGGAAGUAACUCAAGGAAUUGAUGGCUCUACUCUUACUGCCAUUGUUACUGGAGCAUCAAGUGGAAUUGGUGCUGAAACUGCACGUGUUCUUGCAUUGCGGGGUGUGCAUGUAAUUAUGGGGGUCAGGAAUAUCUCUGCUGGAAAACAGGUUAAAGAGGCAAUUAUUAGAGAUGUCCCAGAAGCUAAGAUUGAUGCCUUGGAGUUGGAUCUCAGUUCACUUGCUUCUGUGAGGAAUUUCGCAUCAAAUUACAAUUCUUUAGGCCUUCCUCUAAACCUGCUUAUUAACAAUGCAGGAAUCAUGGCAACCCCAUUCGCACUUUCCAAGGAUAAGAUUGAGCUGCAAUUUGCAACAAACCAUGUUGGUAAGAUGCCACUUCUAACAAAUUUAUUGCUGGACGUCAUGAAAAGAACGGCCUGUCAGAGUAGAAAAGAAGGAAGAAUUGUUAAUGUCUCCUCACGCCGCCACAAAUUUUCUUACAAUGAAGGGAUUCGGUUUAACAAGAUUAAUGAUCAAUCUGGGUAUAAUAGCCUAUCUGCAUAUGGUCAGUCAAAGCUUGCCAAUGUGCUGCAUGCUAAUGAACUUGCUAGACGUCUAAAGGAUGAGGGUAUGGAGAUCACGGCAAAUUCGCUUCACCCAGGAGCCAUUGCCACCAACCUUUUCCGUCAGCACAACAUUAUCAGUGGCAUUGUUAAUGUCAUUGGCAAGCAUGUGAUGAAAAAUGUUCAGCAGGGAGCUGCAACAACAUGCUAUGUGGCUUUGCAUCCUGAUGUUAAAGGUGUAAGUGGCAAAUAUUAUGCGAACUGCAACAUAGCUGAGGCGAGUCCCCUAGCUAACGAUGCUGGAUUGGCAAAAAGAUUGUGGGAUUUUACCAUGAGUUUAGUUGGGUAACAUAUAGCAUGCGAUUUUAAACCUUGCUUUUGUGUCAAUGGGUUUUGCACAUUAAGUUCUUUGCCGUGUACCAGCAUUCACUUUAUACUGAUCUGUGUAUCUUGUUUGCAAGAUUACAACACUGGGAAUCCCUGAACCUUGUCUUGGGCUCAUUCCCAUGUUGUGCAUUGGGAGGAGUCUCUUAAAUGAUGCCCCGAAUGCAUGUGACCCUUAAAACAGCAGCUCUGGAUCAUUGUAAUUUUUACUAUCAUUUUUGUUAGUGAGAUUUUUUUGACCUGUAGAA